GCGGCCGUCGGAGCGCGGGGCCGGCCGCCCACCUGCGCCUGGCGCCCUGUCCUUGCCUUUUUAACGCGCAGCAAGGAUGUCGGCGCCGAACAUGGAGGAGAGGAAGGCGUGCUGGGGAGCGCGGGACGAGCUCUGGGAGUGCUUGGACAGGAACAGCGAGGACGCGGCCAAGUGCCGCCACCUGAGGCUGUCCUUUGAGUCGCGGUGUCCGCAGCAGUGGGUUAAAUAUUUUGACAAAAGAAGAGACUAUUUAAAGUACAAAAACAAACUUGAGAAGGAGGGAUAUUUUCCACCAGAAACAACUGGAAAGUCAUAGCUCCUCAGCUUUCAAAGUAUAUCCACAGAGAGUAAGUGUAAGGAAAAGAGAAGUGACAGAAGCUGCCUGAGCUAAAAAAGGUGAUAUCUGUAAAAAUGCAGGCUGCUGCUGUUGCUGCAGGGUCUCCUGGAUCUGCUUGAAGAACAUGGUCAUGGAUGGCUUCAUUCCACAUGAAGAAUGAGUAAAAAAAAAAAUGCAGUUUAAGGCUCUUCAUCAACCCAUGUGUUUGAAUGCAGAAUCACAGUCAAAAACUGUUUAUGGGAAUUCAUGGAUGAUUACAGUGUAAUGAACUUAUUCAAAAGAGUAAUAAAUGUGGUUUUCAGUAAGUGAGCUACCUUUCCUUAAAAUAAAUGCCCCUCAAGCCCUUGUGAGAAAGGGUGGCAUUACCUGUUACCAUUGUUUACCAAAUCUUUGAAGAUCUUAACUUUGCCAUGAAAGGGCAGAGAUAAUAAGAUCUAAUAUAUCCUGUGUGUACAGCAGUCUUAAGUUAUAUGUUUUGAAUACUUAUCUAUAACUUUGUAUUAAUCAUACAGGUCAAUUUUGAAUAACCAUCUGUACUAGGGCACUUAUUUCUUAUUUUCACAUGAUGGUCUAUUACAUUAUAUAGUAUUUUUAAUUGAUCUUGGUGUAGGAACUCCACUAAAAAUAGAAUGACGUUUACAGCA